AUGGAUUUACUCCUGGGACUGUUGCUAGCGUCCUCGCUCUACCUGCCGGCUUCGGCAGAGUUCGAUGGGAGGUGGCCCAGGCAAAUAGUGUCCUCCAUUGGACUGUGUCGUUACGGCGGUAGGAUUGACUGCUGCUGGGGCUGGGCCCGUCAGUCCUGGGGACAGUGUCAGCCUGUGUGCCAACCCAGAUGCAAGCAUGGUGAAUGUAUAGGACCAAACAAGUGCAAGUGUCAUCCUGGAUUCUCAGGGAAAACCUGCAAUCAAGAUGACCACCUCUAUCCAACCCCUCUUGACCAGCACAGUGAACAGCCUCCCGUCCACCCCCUGGAUCUUCGUGCAACGAAUUUACCUUCAAGGGAUUUAAAUGAAUGCGGUCUCAAACCUCGGCCCUGCAAGCAUCGUUGCAUGAAUACUUAUGGCAGCUACAAAUGCUACUGUCUAAAUGGGUACAUGCUCAUGCCGGAUGGAUCUUGUUCAAGCGCCCUGUCGUGCUCCAUGGCAAACUGUCAGUAUGGCUGUGAUGUCAUGAAAGGUGAUGUACGCUGCCGCUGUCCUUCACCAGGCUUACAGCUGGGGCCAGACGGGAGGACCUGCGUGGAUGUGGAUGAAUGUGCAACUGGGAGAGCCUUAUGCCCCAGGUUUCGGCAAUGCGUGAACACCUUUGGAAGCUACAUCUGCAAGUGCCAGAAAGGCUUCGACCUCAUGUAUAUUGGAGGCAAAUACCAGUGUCACGAUAUAGAUGAGUGCUCUCUUGGGCAGUACCAGUGCAGCAGCUUUGCCCGAUGUUACAACGUCCAUGGGUCAUACAAGUGUAAAUGCAGGGAUGGAUACCGGGGAGAUGGAACAAACUGCAUAUAUAUUCCAAAGGUUAUGAUUGAACCUUCGGGACCAAUUCAUAUAUCAAAAGGAAAUGGUACUUUCCCAAAAGGUAAUGGAGGACAUAUUAAUAGAAUUCCUGAUAUUGCAAGUACAAGAUGGCCUUCAAGGACCCCACACAUUCCCAUUGUUCAUACAGAAAGACCCACUCCUAAGCCACCAAGACCUACACCAAAGCCAACAACACGACCCCCACCAACCACAACUGAACUUAUUACUGUCCGAUUGACACCACCACCACCACCACUACCACCAACAGCAGUGGCAACACAAAGACCAACCCCAAAGCCAUCAACAAUGGCACCUUCAUUUUCCACCAGAAUACCAAUUGAAAGUACAUCUCCAAGAGGAAUGACAGUUGACAACAGAAUACCAAUAGAUCCUCAGAAACCCAGAGGAGAUGUGUUCAUUCCUCGCCAGCCAGGAGUGAACAAUGACCUGUUUGAAAUAUUUGAAAUUGAAAGAGGGAUCAGCGCAGAUGAUGAAGCCAAAGAUGAUCCAGGUGUUCUGAUACACAGCUGUAAUUUUGACCAUGGUCUUUGUGGAUGGAUCAGAGAAAAAGAUGAUGACUUACACUGGGAACCAACCAGAGAUCCAACAGGUGGACAGUAUUUGACUGUCUCAGCACCCAAAGGUCCAGGUGGAAAAACAGCUCGAUUAGUGCUACCGCUUGGCCACCUCAUGAAUUCAGGCGACUUGUGUCUGUCAUUCAAGCACAAAGUAUCUGGGGUUCACUCUGGCACACUCCAGGUGUUUGUGAGAAAACAUGGUACUCAUGGAGCAGCCCUGUGGGGGAGAAAUGGCGGCCACGGCUGGAGGCAAACACAGAUCACCUUACGAGGUUCUGCUAUCAAGAGUGUCAUCUUCAAAGGUGAAAAAAGGCACAGCCACUCUGGGGAGAUCGGAUUGGAUGACGUGAGCUUGAAGAGAGGCCGGUGCUCUGAAGAACCCUAGCUCCACCAGCACCGACAAUGAGCAUCUGCUUGGUCCCCACUCCUCCCUGCUGUCCCUACCUUCUAUCUCCCUUUCCAUCAGGCUGAGAAGAGCUGGGUCAGGAGCAAGAUGAGUUGGAGAUCCGAUUCUUGUUGGCCUGCUUUGUGCAAUUCCCAAUGAAGAGUAAAACUCUCCUUUACAUAAAAACCCCCCAUGAUGGUUACCCUUCAUCCAUUGUCUCUUCUGGUGCUGCAGCGUAAAUGGGACAAAACACAUCCUUCAUCAUGGCUCUGAGAUGCCUCUGGAAAUAAAGGAAGAGGAGCACAUUUUGGUGGAGAGUUUUUUUUUUUUUUUUAAAGAAAGGCAACUCCCUGUGAAAAGGGAAUCCUGCUAAAUGUCCAUUGCUGUACCAAAUGUAAUAACCAUUUCACAUGGCAUACAGUCUACCUGUGGAAUUGGUUAAUUCUCCUAAUUUAAGCUAGCUCUAGCCUGGAACCAAACUCUGGCUGUCUACUUACUGCCAUUUUUU